GACGCCAGGAUGCCAGAGCGCGUGCGUGACUGACUCGUUGUGGUCGAAGCUAGGACGCGUGAGGAAAGCGACCAGAAUUCCGCUCAGUGAGAGAGGAAGGAGCUUCACUCGGUAAUGGACGCCAACAAAGGUAAAGGAGAUCAAGGGAUGCAAAGUCCAGGUGGGCAGAUGGACAGACCUGACAGCUACCACAACAUGGAAAGUUUGCUUCCCAAGGCAGUGAAGAGGCGAGUUCAUGCCCUGAAGAGGCUACAGGUGCAGUGUGCCAACAUAGAAGCCAAGUUCUACGAGGAAGUCCAUGAGCUGGAGAGGAAGUACGCCACCCUCUAUCAGCCUCUCUUUGACAAGAGACGAGAUAUUGUCACAGGAACAGUGGAACCUACAGACGAGGAGUGUGAGUGGCACAGCGACAGAGAGGAAGAGGAGGAGCUAGCCGAGGAAAUGAAGAAAAAAGCUGCUCUUGAGGAUGAGAAGAAGGAGGAAGCCACCCCAGAGGAGGACCCUAAAGGCAUCCCAGAGUUCUGGCUCACCAUCUUUAAGAGUGUGGACAUGCUCAGCGACCUGCUACAGGAACAUGAUGAGCCCAUCCUAAAGCACCUGAAAGAUAUCCAAGUCAAGUUUUCGGAGCCUGGACAACCAAUGAGUUUCACACUAGAGUUCCACUUUGAGCCCAAUGGUUUCUUUAACAAUGCAGUCCUCACUAAAGUCUACAAGAUGAAGUCAGAGCCUGAUGCUACAGACCCUUUCUCAUUUGAGGGGCCAGAGAUCAUUGACUGUGAAGGCUGUCAGAUAGAUUGGCACAAGGGGAAGGACGUGACGGUGAAAACUAUUAAGAAGAAGCAGAAGCAUAAAGGCCGUGGUACCGUCCGCACUGUUACUAAACAGGUCCCCAAUGACUCAUUCUUCAACUUCUUUAAUCCUAUCAAAGUUUCACCAGAUGGAGAGAUGGAUGAGGACUCAGAGUUCACUCUAGCCACAGACUUUGAGAUUGGUCAUUUCUUCCGUGAGAGGAUAGUUCCCAGAGCAGUGCUGUACUUCACUGGAGAGGCCCUGGAGGACGACGAGAGUUUUGAAGAGGAGGAGCUGGAAGAGGGCGAUGAAGAGGAGCAGGAUGAGGAGGGUGACGAUGAAGAUGAUGAGGGAGAUUAUGACCCCAAGGCAUAAUCAAUCAUUCUCACCCCAUGCAUUUCUAGAAAGCAGAGCCCCAGCCUGCCGAAUGCAAGCAGCAGUAACCGUGGUCAUCAGGGGAGAUUGGUGGAGACCUGCUGUUCGUCAAAUCAGUCCUCAACCAAUCAGCAAGUCCUCCUGUCCUUGCAGGCUCCGCCCUUUAUGAACUCAUCCAGACGCAAUAGAACACAACCAAACCGUGUUUUUACGAUGUGCAUGACCUCUUUUCUUUUGUCUUGCGCCCCCACCCACCCCAUUUGUUUGGCUUCAUUCAUACUCAGAGCUGAAGUGACUUGACUCUAGUUAAAAUACCAUGGCAUCACUGAGGGAGAGUCUACUUCUUUGGUAAGGUGAAGUAGGUGAGUACUGCCAAGAACCUCAGAAUAUCAUAAUAUGGAAUUGGAAAGGAAUGGAUCCAACUUUAGUUUUCAUGGAAAAAAUCAGUUACUCAGGGUUUUUUAAUGCCAACAAGAUAAGUGUUAGUUUACCAGGAAACUGCUGAACAAGUUUGACUUAAUCUUUCACUGGGGUUGCUGAACUGUUUUUGUUCUCUUUUGUUAAGGUGUUUUUUAAGAGACACACAAUGUAUAAUUUGAUUUACUUUUUUAAUGUUCAUUGUCAUGUCAUUGGACUAUUUAUUCUGGUUUCAUGCAGUUGUAUGAAGUGGUGCAUUAUGGGAACACAUAAAGCCCAGCCACAUUUACAGGUUCAUUCUCAUUGGCUCAAAUCCCAUUCGGGCUUAGCAGAUCAACAAAAUUUGUGUACUGCCAAAUUGUUUUUUUGUUUUAUGUCGUCUUUUUUUUUUUUUUUUUUUUAAUUAUUAUUAUUAUCAAAGCGUGUUUAAAGCAUUAAAGAAUUCAUUUCCAUAAUGAUAUUGCUUACCUGUGCCCAGGUGUAUUGGGAUAAACAAGCAUUUAAAACAUAAUAAAGUACUUAAAUGGACACAUUUACACCAGUUAAGGUCACAAGAUUGACAUUUGCAGAGGUGCCUAAAAGGUUGAAUCUCAGAACUGUCUUACAUUGCUUGAGUGUUCUCUCUUUGCCCUUUCACCCUGGAAAUGCUUUUUCAACUUGUGUUAAGGAGAUUAAGAGAGUGGACACGAGUCAUCAGAACAUGUUUGAGGUAGAACCUCCUCUGUAUUAACACCUGUUGAUAUAAGCUGUUACAAGUGGCACUUGGUUCUCAACCUGUCGCAUUUCCCCCCUGGCCCAAGUCUCUCACUGGCUCUCUGGUGGACAUUUCAUUUAAGUGGACUGGUAUAAACAGUCUGUGUGACUGGCUGUUUACAUUUUUAUAGUGGCGUAGAGAUAUCAGCUCUGAUAUUUAUCUAGUACUUAACAAAUAUGUCAUUUAGCGUCCGUUAUGGAACAGGUUGCAGGAUCUAACAUUACCGUUGAGACUUUUUCAUAUAUAUCCUUGUGUUAACAAGAAGCCAAAAUGACAUAAAAACCCUCUUCACUCAAUUAAGCACUCUGCCAGUUCUCUUGUUAACACCCACUAUAAUGUAAGUCAUAAAAUAAACUUGUUUAUGAGAUUAUUAUAUUAAGAUUUCUCUGUUACUGUCCAAAUGAUUCAAUAGAAUGUCUCUGGAGAACAAAUGAAAUGUAAGAGGUUGCCAAUGUACUUUAUACUGCACUUGGAUUUGGUCUGUUGGUUGCUACUGUGGACACCUUCACCUGGUAAUAGUGGUCAUUGAUAGCAGUGACAAGAUGAUAAUACCUUCCCCUCUUCUCCUUUUAAAAGAAAGAUUGUAAAUCUUGGACCGAUCUCUCAAAGCCACGGUGACAUCUUCAAAUCUCCCACAUUGGACCGUGUGCUAGCAAUGGCCUUAUCUGGUUCUUAUUCACAAUUUGUUACUUGCGCAAUAUUUCUUUUCAAUUUGUACAGAAUUAGUUAAGAUAUUCUAUUAAAGUUGUGCGACAUGAAAAGAA